CUCGCUUGUACCUUAUCCCAUCCUCUCUCUCCCAAACAAAAUCCCAACCGUCCAUUCCUUCCUUCAUCUCUACCUCCUGCAAACACAUCUCCCACAUCCGAUCAAACAAACUCACAUCUGUCCACAUUUAAAUCAUCAAACAAACAUCACCAAUCCACGAUCAUCCAUUCAUCAUCAUCAAAAAUCUUAAUCAUAAUCAAAAUCCAAUGGAGAAUACCCAGCAAGGUCAAUCCUCCUCAUACCCACAACCCCAACCUCCUUCCUCUGCUGCUGCUGCUGGCGCGCCUUUUCACCAUCUCCUUCAACAGCAGCAACAGCAGCUCCAAAUGUUUUGGUCUUACCAGCGUCAAGAAAUCGAACAAGUCAACGAUUUCAAGAACCACCAGCUCCCUCUUGCUCGUAUCAAGAAAAUCAUGAAAGCCGAUGAGGACGUUCGCAUGAUCUCCGCUGAAGCCCCUAUUUUGUUUGCCAAGGCUUGCGAGCUUUUCAUUUUGGAGCUCACUAUUCGCUCCUGGCUUCACGCUGAAGAAAACAAACGAAGGACUUUACAGAAAAACGACAUCGCUGCGGCCAUUACUAGGACUGAUAUUUUUGAUUUCUUGGUCGAUAUCGUGCCUAGAGAUGAAAUUAAGGAUGAGGCUGCCGGAUUGGGAGGGAUGGUGGGGACCACCGCCAGUGGAGUGCCAUAUUAUUAUCCGCCCAUGGGCCAGCCCACGGGUGCUGCUGGGCCUGGAGGGAUGAUGAUUGGUCGGCCCGCUGUUGAUCCUACUGGAGUUUAUGUUCAGCCGCCCAGUCAGGCUUGGCAGUCCGUGUGGCAGACAGCGGGUACUGGAGACGACGGCUCUUAUGGGAGUGGAGGGAGCGCUGGCCAAACUAAUCUUGAUGGCCAAAGCUAGGCUAAGCAACUGGUGUGCUGAUGAUAAGGUACUCUCUGGUGUGGUAGAAGGCACUGAAGCUCAGCCAGUGCCUUAGGAAUUUUGCUUACGAAAUGAUUAUAUAUGAACUUGCCUGUAUUGUUUAUGGAGACUACUUUCACAUGUGAUGACUUCAUUAAAAACUUGUGAAAACUUUUAACUUGAUUUAGUGCAGCGAAACUAUUGCUGUCAUGACUUGCCUAAUCUAUAUCUAAUGUGCAGUUCUGGAUUUGUGAACCAUUCGUUUUUCUAAAUUAUUCUGGAUUGUUUA